UCUGUGGGCAAGAAGAACUCCAACUUUAUGAAAGAAAUAUCGUACACCAAUGAGAAGAUGAUCGGCAAUGGAUCGUUCGGUGUGGUGUACCAGGCCACCCUUCUCGAGGAGAACGAGGUGGUCGCUAUCAAACGAGUGUUGCAGGAUCGACGAUUCAAGAAUCGUGAACUCAACAUUAUGGUCUCACUUGAUCACUGCAACAUCGUUAGACUGAAGUACUACUUUUACACCUACAAAAACCCAAAGGAAGACAUUUAUCUCAACCUGGUGCUGGAGUUUAUACCUGACACUGUCUCCAAAGUGGCGCGCUACUACAUGAGACAAGGUCAAAAGAUGCCAAUGAUCUUCGUGAAGCUUUACAUGUACCAGCUCUUUCGUUCCCUCGCCUACAUACACACCCUGGGCAUCUGCCAUCGAGACAUUAAACCGCAAAAUCUUCUUGUCAAUCCAAUGACUGGUGUUCUUAAGCUCUGUGAUUUUGGAAGUGCAAAGCAUCUUGUUCGCGGUGAGAUGAACGUAUCAUACAUUUGUUCACGCUACUACCGGGCCCCAGAAUUAAUUUUCGGCGCCACUGACUACACCACAAAGAUUGACAUUUGGUCAGCCGGUUGCGUCUUUGCAGAGCUGCUUCUCGGCUAUCCCAUCUUCUCAGGGGAGUCUGGUGUCGAUCAAUUAGUCGAGAUUAUUAAAGUCCUUGGAACGCCGUCGAAAGAACAAAUUAGGCGAAUGAAUCGACACUACACCGAGUUUAAGUUUCCCAAAAUCAGCGCCAACCCCUGGGAAAGA